GUGGAACCUUUCGAAGGUUUGGCUAUGGCGGCAGUGUUGUCCUUGCCGUGCCGAUCUUGCAUUCCAGAACAGGAGCAUAAUCAACCACGCCACGUCGGCCGGGAGCUCUCUACUAGCAUUGAUUCGUCCUUAGGGUGUCGUGGCUGACGUGUCGCCGUUCUGUCGCAAGCACCUGCCUUCUGAAUCAGCACAUCGUCCUUUAGUCCAAGAUUCCAUCAAACGUCCUUACUGUACUGUAGUACGCGUAGUUCGGCAGCGUGCAUGUGAGGUUGAUGGCGCUGUUUCACAGCACCUUCUUCCACAGCGUGAUGGGUCCCCCCUUGAUCUCGUGCUCACGGAGUAAGCAUUUAGUAUAUGAACGUCGCAGCUCGACAAGAUAAAAUAACAACCAUCUCUUUGCGUCACUCUCCAGUGGACUCACUCCUCGUCGAAGGGUAGUAUUCUUCCUGCGAUCACGCAGGGGUUCGUCGAUUCGGAAUCGCCAGUCCGUUCAGAAUCGUCAGAGUCCGUCGUCAGAAGCCAUGGCUGACGAGCAGUUCGUUGUUGUCGGAAGCCAGUACUGCGCGCCGCAUGAGACGGUGCUUGUAAUGAAGGAGAAGAUGUUUUCGCUGCGCGAGAAGGCCGAGAUUCGCGACACCGAGGGCCAGCUAAUCUUCAAGACCGAGGAUAAGGCAUUUGACAUCAAGGAGCGAAAGACCAUCUACAACCCCCAGGACGAGCCGGUGUGCUCCAUGGCGAGCAAGAUCCUCUCUAUCUCCAACACCACCUACCUCUACCCGGGUACUGACAUGAAUGCGGACUCCGCCCUGCUUACCGCCAAGCAAGUCGUUCUUUCGUGGUCUCCCAUUCUCAAUGUUUUCCUGAAAGGGAACACGUCUAGCAGCCCAGACAUUGUUCUCAAGGGCAGUUUCCUCCAAUACGAUUUUAAUAUUGCCACAUCCAGUGGUCGUGUUUUGGCUGAAGUGUCACGAAAGCUAUCUACCAAGGAGUUUUUGGACACCCAAACAUACUAUGUGCGCAUCAAGCCCAAUGUUGACAUGGCUCUUGUCAUAGGACUUGUUUCCAUGGCUGACAAUAUCUUUGUCAAUACAGAGGAUUAAAGCCGUUGACCCAAAACGUGCAAG